AUGCCUCUCUGGCAAAUCUACCACCCACCCGGUGUCUUCGAAGACGCAGAGACCAAAGCCGCCCUCGCCGCCGACAUCACAAAAAUCUACACCAACGUGGGGUUACCUGCUUUCUACGUCGUAAUCCACUUCAACACCAUAUCCCCUUCCAACGUCUACGUCGGCGGCGAGGCCAAAACCACUUCUCCCAAACCCUUCAUCCGGAUUGUAAUCAAACACAUUGCGAUUCGACUGGACAAUACCACGGACACGUAUCGCAGAACAGCAGGCAUGAUUGAUGCAGCGCUCAAACCGCAUAUCUACGACAAAGACUAUGAUUGCGAGUUCCAUGUUGAAGAGACGGAACGCAGGUUGUGGAAGUUUAAUGGGUUGAUUCCGCCCGAGCAUAUGAGUGAGGAACAUAUGGUUUGGGUCAAGGAGAAUAAGCCUGUGCCUUAUAAGGGUGCCUAUUGGUCCGCUGAGAAAGGGCAUUAUUGA